UUUUUGUCAAAUGGUGUUUUUCAGACUCCGUGGUUUUGGGAUCACCGCGAAUGCUGGCGCGGAUACCCGAGACAGGCCGUAGCAGAAGCUCAGUACUGGUAUUACAUCAUGGAGUUGUCCUUCUACCUCUCGCUUCUGCUCUGCGUAUCGGUGGACGUGAAGCGCAAAGAUUUCAAAGAGCAGAUCAUUCACCACAUCGCCACCAUUUUCCUCAUCGCGUUCUCGUACUGCGCGAACUACGCGCGCGUGGGAACCCUGGUGAUGCUCGUCCACGACUCUUCUGACUUCCUGUUGGAGUCUGCUAAGAUGUUCAAUUAUGCUGGAUGGAGAAAGACCUGUGAUGCCUUGUUUGUCUUUUUCGCCGCCGUAUUCCUGGUAACUCGCCUUGUGGUGUUCCCAUGCAGAAUCGUCUACACAGCUGUGGUAGAUUCGUUGGACGUCUUUCCUCCGUACUCUGGUUAUUAUUUCUUGAACGGCCUGUUGCUGGUUCUUCAAGCCCUGCACAUCUUCUGGGCUUGGCUGAUUCUUCGAAUGGUUCACAAAUUUAUCUUUUUAGGCAAAGUGGAACGCGAUGAACGGAGCGAUGAAGAGAGUGAGGCUGAUGAAGAGGAAGAAGAAGAUGGAGAAGAAGAACACAGCUGGGAGCAGAAAAAGGGUGCCCUUAACUCUAAAUUGGCAUCGUUGGCCAGUAACUGUGUUCUGAACAAUUUAACGAAUCGGAGGCGAAAAAUGAAUAGCAGAAUGCCGAAAGCCAGAUAGUAAUGCUACUUAAUGUAUUUAAACUUGUUAAAUCAUCUCCAACUUUCUUGGCUUAUCUUGUUUAUCAUGGUCCUACAGUAAUUUCAGACCGCUGAUGUUUUGUUUUCCUGAAAACAUAAUGCAUAGUCAGAAGAUUGCAUAAAAAAACAAAAAAUACUACUAGUUUGUAUUAUUAUAUUACCAUUGGAGUAUAUUGGAAAUAGGUUCAACUUGAAUUAAUUUGUUUCAAAUUAGUAUAAUUAAUUAUAGUGCAUUGGCUGAGUAGCACUUAAACUCAGAUUAAAAAGUUUGCGUAGAUAAAAAUGGUUCAUAAACAGACAUCUUGAGUAUUUAAUUGUUGAAUAGUUUACUAAUUCUGCAACUGUUCAUUAUGGAACAGUGAUAUUUAAAUAAAAAAAAAAAUGAGUUGGCUCUCCUGACUAGAGAGACCCACAACAUUUAGAUGCAUUCUUUUUAAAUACUUUUGUAUUGGUAUAGGUAUUCUUCUAAGUUGUGUGGAAAUGUGUGAAUUUUCUGCAGUGGCUGUUGUUUUCAAAAUUGGCAUUGGUGGACCACUGGGAAAGACUCGCGGCGCCAUCUUGUGUGAAGUGUCCACUUGUCUUAGUGAUUCUGCUACUGAAAGAUUUUGUUGCAAGAAACUACUGGAGUUUGUUAGAUGGCACUUUGGUUGUGCAUUGCCUUACCAAAUGAGGAAUCAGAUGAUAUCUCACUGGAGCAUGUGCCUCGAAAUCUUAAAAGUCAAAGGGGAUAGUUGAAUUUGAGGAAGCCUCUGUAGGCCCCUUGAUUUAUAUAAUCUGCUCCAAGGGCUAAAGGCAAAGUGUUUUUGUUGUUCUAGAUGGUUCUAGAAAGUUUAUUGGCACAGUAGCCAUAACAGACCUUUCGUUCUAAAGCUGUGCAUCUGUCUUUCACUGUUUAAAUGAUGUUUAAAAAAACAAAACCUGUGAUUGUUUUUAUUAAUUUUCCUCUUUUUUUACUGGGAUUUACCAUGUUCUGAGUUUGUUAAUGCAACAUUUUGUAGCUGUUAUAAUACUUGUAACAAUGACAGAAGAGGGAUAUAUUCUUAGAAUCUUAAAUACUGUUAAUGUUGCAUACUUGCUUCUCAUUCAACACUUUUCUCUGACCUUUUGAAUAACAAUAAAAAAGUUUUAGAAUAUGAUUAUCCUCAACGUUGCUGAACAAAAUGUUCCUGCAUUGGUUUAAUACUUGUCCUCUGACUUAAAGAAGGAAUAGUGUUGACAUUAUGGCGUUAGAAAGGAUUGACAUGCAUUGUGAUACAACCUCUUAUGGGGGCAGGACAGGGUAUUUUAUCAUCAACUUCCAAGCAAGUGUCAAUGUAAGGGUCCAGUAGAAUCAUGUUUGGGUACGUUUUGUUUAUCUUUCUCUCGCUUAUUAUGUAAAUCUGCCCGUUAACUGUGGCACAGCCUGUGAAAAAUGUAUUGUCCAGACAGUCCUCUUGAAGAACGGUCCACUCGUCU